CCGGCAAUGACGUCACUUAUCGACAGUCACUUUCUUGCAUUUGAUUGGUUUUAUUGAAUUAUUAAGGCAUUUAACUGUUAAUACUUGACUAAACAUAAAUAAAUGCGUUCUUAUCAGAGCUCGACAAUGUCGCCGGCGAUAGCAAUGAAUGGUUAAAGGCCUAAGACAAUGGAAUAGACAAAGUAAAAACGAACAAGGCGGUAACAAAACUAAACGACUUAAAAAUAAUAUUAAAAUGGAGGUACCAGUACAUCCGCUGAGCCAAGAUCCCACGGCCGCUUGGAGGGAUAUCAGCAAAACGCAGCGGGUGAUUAAGGUGACCAUGAAGUCACCCACCACAACAGUGGCUCCCAAUAAGGCCCGAGUAGUUUGCAUGUCGGACACACACUCCUUGACUCCCUACAUUAAGUUUGACAUACCGGAUGGCGAUAUAUUCAUUCAUGCUGGGGAUUUCACCAAGUGCGGCCAGCUCGAGGAAGUUGAAGAAUUUAAUAAUUGGAUUGGGGCCCUUCCUCAUCGCCACAAGAUCGUGAUUGCUGGCAAUCAUGAACUCAGUUUCGACAGAACUUUCACUCAUCCUUUUCAGAAGAAUCAGGCUAAGGGACAUGCUUCGAGCAGUAAACACACUGGAAUGUCGAUUCUUGAUGAUCUGCCUACUUUGGGAAAUGCCAAGGAGAAUUUAGAGAGCGCUGUGCAGACCCAGAAUGUCCGAGAUGUUCUGACCAACUGUAGAUAUCUGGAGGAUGAACUACUAGAAAUAUGGGGUAUUCGUAUUUAUGGAUCACCAUGGCAGCCUGAGUUCUGUCGCUGGGCCUUUAAUGUCCCACGAGGACAAGCCUGUCUGGAAAAGUGGAACCAAGUGCCAGAAGGCAUCGAUAUUCUGGUGACCCACACGCCACCUGUUGGACAUGGAGAUCUUUGCUGUUCCGGAGUGAGGGCAGGAUGUGUGGAGCUACUCAGCACAGUUCAGCAACGGGUGCGCCCAAAAUAUCAUGUUUUCGGACAUGUUCACGAAGGCUAUGGCAUCACCAGCGAUGGCAGGAUUAUUUUCGUGAAUGCAUCCACUUGUGACAUCAAUUACCUACCCAACAAUGCCCCUAUAGUUUUCGAUGUGACGCUACCACCAGGCUUCCGCAAGGACUAGCAUGCCUACAUUGAUAUUUAUUGUUGCCAGUUAAAUGAAUUUACUUUUGUCCCACUUUUAGUUUAAGAUAGGUUAAGGUUGCCUUCAGAGAUUUAAAAUGCACAAAUGUAGGUGUCUUGAGAAAUAGUAUAGAUGUCUCAAUAAACAAUCCCUCUCUAGAGAAUAAAAACCAUACCGUUAUGGUGCCAUAUUUAUUUAGGUAGAGUUAAGGCACUAUCAUAUACCAAUCUAGAGAUGUUUCUAUAACACAAUUGUCAAACAUCAAAAUAUGAAAUAUUAUUUUGUAUAAUUAAAAAUAAUUACAGACACCCAAACCACUGUUUUUGUGCCAAUAUUUAUGAGUCCUAGAAAUUCAAUAAUAAUUUUGAAUCACUCACUUUAAAAAGUUGUUUAUAUUUUGUGUAUAACUCUUCGUUUUUAUUAAGUAAUUUCACGAAAGGUAAUAAAAAACUUUAGAAGACUA